AUGUGAAAUCCAGCGUGGUCUGAGCGAGUCUCACUUCAGUCCAUUAAACUGCAGUGAGUCUGCUGAACACUCUCACUUUCAGGCAGCUCUAGGAAACUGCACAACUCCCUCUGCUCUCAGAUCAGCUUCAGCUCAGUCCUUCAGUUCUGCACAGGCUGUUGAAGGAACAGCACUGCUGUUAUAAAAUGGAGUCCUCCUUGACAGAACUUCCCACCUUGCUGCCCAACCAGUCCAUGGACAGCUGCCCACCGGUGGAAAACACGGCAGAGAACAUGAUGUUUGGAAUCUACUACAUCAUAGUUUUCCUCCUGGCACUAAGCGGCAAUAGCCUUGCCCUGUGGAUCUUUGCCCGCCAGAGAAACAACUCCUCACCAGCCAACGUCUUCCUGCUCCACCUUGCUGUUGCCGACUUGUUUUAUGUCUUUAUUUUACCCCUUAGGGCCACUUAUCAUUUAACUGGAGGUCAUUGGCCAUUUGGUGAAAUCCCUUGUCGUCUUGCAGGCUUUUUCUUCUAUGUCAACAUGUAUGCCAGUUUGUACUUUCUGGCCUGUGUUGCAGGUGACAGAUACCUUGCUGUGGUGCAUGCUGUACGCUCCCUCAAGGUCAGACGUCCUCGUUACGCUCACAUAGCCAGUUUUGCACUUUGGAUUUUGGUGAUUGUGUCUAUGGCACCCCUGCUGAUCACCAAGCAGACUGUAGAAGUCAAUGGCUCAACCGUAUGUUUGCAACUGUACAGAGAAAAGGCCUCAUGGCGUGCACUAGUCUCUCUUGUUGUAGCUUUCACACCACCCUUCAUUGCUACACUUUCCUGCUAUCUGCUGAUAGUUAACAGUCUGCGCAAGGGUUCAAGGCUGGAGCCAGCCCUGAAACUCCGGGCUCUCCGUACCAUCGGUCUGGUCAUGUUUAUCUAUGUAGUGUGCUUUUUGCCUUAUCACUUAAGUCGUGCAACUUUUAUCCUGGGCUACGGACACCCAGACCUGUCCUGCCAAAUCAAAAGAGGACUAGCUCUGGCUAACCGUCUUACCUCCUCGCUGACCUGCCUGAAUGGGGGUCUGGAUCCUCUGGUUUACCUGUUUGCAGCAGAGAAGUUCAGGGGAAGCGUUCGCAGGAUUUUUUGCCGAGACAAGUCAGGAGGGUCUGGCGCUACUAGCGGGGAGCUAAAAGGGACACAUGAGAGUUCUCUGAGUGCAAAGUCUGAGUUCUGAAUAAGCAAAUACAGAGGGUAUGAACAUUUUUCAUCAGAUUAAGUGAUGUCGGCCAACACUUCCUGAUCAUGUAUGGUCAAUAUAAAGUCCAGGCCCAAGAUCAAUUCACACUGCACUGACAGAUGCUGCCCCAAAGAUCAGAUUUAUGUAUUAGCCCUGUUUGGCAUUGCUAGGCACCUCAGUGAUUUAACAUGUUCAAAAGAUACUUGUAAAAAACAUAGAUGCAAUACUUGAUUCUGAUCGGUUAAGCCAUGUUUUAAAAUUAUACUGCAAGCCUCACUACACACAGUUUUCAUUUAGCAAACUGUUUUAUGAAUGUCUGGAAGAUAUAGAAUUAUUCUGCAUUAUAGAAAAAUGAAUAGAUGACAGAGUUUAUUUUAGAGCUCACCGUUCUCUAUCUCUCGCUCACAGCAGACUAAUGGAAGAUAUUCUGCCUAACGAUCAAAAUGAAAGUAAAAUGACAUUUUGCCAAAUAGGGUGAACCAUAUUUGGAAUUUUUACUCUGAAUUUAGGAAGUACAGUGCACACACACAGGAGUGUGCAGAUAAACACUAUGUGAAUGAAUUCUUUAGUUGUAGGGCCCAGGGAGCAGUUGGGGGUUUUGCUCAAGGGUCUUAUAAUGUAGUAGUAGUAUUCAUACUGUUUUAUACUUCUGUGUCGAGUGAUCGUAGUGACCCAUGGCGCAUGCCUUGCACGUUCCAUGGAUUUAUGUUUCUGUGUGCUAUUGCCCUGCAUUAACACUUCCGAAAUGCUAUCUGGUAGUAGGAUUUCAUGUUCCUGUUUCUUCGCUGUUGUGUUUUUUCCAAAUGCUUUAUCAUAAGGUAAAAACAAAACAAAAGUUUCCAUUUGGAGCUCCUUCACGGGACUCAACACUUGUAAAAACUUGCUCCAACGGGUUCGUGUGGUUCUUGGUCCCGCCCACACUUGUCAUCGCUACCAAGCUGACCAAUCACAAAGCUUGCGCUACAUGUUGUUGAGACAUGUGGUCACAUUUUUUGUGAGAUCGGUGUCAGUGUCAGCCACGGCGAGGGCUAUGCAAAGAGCUAUGCAAUCAUGCAAAGGCUGCGCUGAGGCUUUGAAAAUCCACCUGUUUUAUACUUCUGUGUUGAGUGAUCAGCAUAACCUUUAGCACCUGCCUUGUGCAUUUAUACUUCUGCGUGCUUUUUGUGUUGCUCUGCAAUAACACUACUGAUGGCUACGCUAGCCAGCAGUAGGUUUUUAUAUCCCUCUUUGUCGAGUUUCUUCGCCGGUGUUUUGUUUUUUCUGAACUCUAAUGUAUAAGUAGUUCAAACUCGCUCAUUCAGAGACGGGAACAACUUUAAUCAUAAGGUAAACACAAAACAUUUGGAGCUCAUUCAUGAGACUCAACACUUCUAAACACUUGCUCCAUCGGGCUUGCGGCUCUCAGCACCACCCACACUCUGCACAACUACCAAGUCAACCAAUCACUAAGAUUGCGCUACACGCCAUUGGGACAUGUAGUUUUUUUUGAGAGGUGCUUGUCAGUGUUGGCGUCAGCCACGGCGAGGGCUAUACGGUGCGAAAACUGCACCGUACCAUAUGCGUGCACUUGACGCAGAAGUAUAAAUCAACCUUUAGCUAUGAUAUUAGCUUUAGAAGAGAGCACUGGUUAUUCACUCCCCCCACCAUCAAUCCUGGAUAGACCUGAAUCUGCAACCUUUGGGUCUGACUUUCAAACAAUUAGGCCAUCGCUGCCCCUAAUUAAAGAUCAUAAACUUUUUUUCCUGUGUAUAUAUUUGCAUGUCAUGCUUAGAAAUACCACUGUGAGCAAAGUCAAUUUUGUCAAAUUAUCAUUUUAUUACAACUUAAUUUUAAAACCACUUACUGCACUGUCAAGAAAAUUCUUCUCAUGAAUGAGAAACAUUGAUGCCAGAUUUCCCUUCAAUCUGUCAUGAACCAGUCUAGUUUAACUUGUAGUUGUGUCAGUCUCGGAUGUCAAAGUUCUUUAAAGAGUUUUACAUACAAGUCUGUUAUUGUAGGGACAUCAGCAUUACAUCUUUACACCCCUUAACACUGAAUAAAACAAAGUGUGAUUAUUUACUUUACUUGUCAGUCAGGUGGCCUCUGUGCAGUCCUUGGCCAAAGAAAUCAAAACUAUAAUAGUACUCUUCGGAUAGAUAAACAGAUGCAUGUAAAGGAAAAUUAAAUGUAUUGUGACCAAAUUAAAUAAGACACCACACAUUAAACCUAUUUCAGACCGUAACACCUACACUAUUAAAAAAGGCUCAUUAUUGUCACUGUUGCAAUCAUGAGGGAAAUGUUCUGUUCUCGAAAGCUGUUUUACAGUAAAAAGUGUGGUGGCCGAGAGCGAUUAACGAACUGCAAUUUAAGAAAGCACAUGCAAUUACACAAAACACCAGCAAAUAAAGAAAUAAUCUUCAUCACUUUGAUAGCACACGUGUUGCAAAUUUUCAAACAUUCUUUACACUAAAAUACACUAAAUAUUUAUAUAUUAAAAAAUAAAAGAUAAAAUUUUAAGAUAAAAAAAAAGGUUAUUUGGGGAACCAAAACGGUCCUUCUAAGAAUCACUGUGAAAACUUUAUUCUAGAACUUUUAUUUUUAAGAGUGGAACAUUCAAUUUGGUAUUUAGUGUCAUUGAUUAUUUUUCAAGCUGAAAAAUUGCCUUUAAUUUAUUGCGAAGCAAGAACACAACACAUAAAUCAGAGUGGAAUAUCUGAAAAGUGACAUCUUAUAAUCAGCGUCUGUUGGUGCAGUAGGAAUUGGCCUUUACGCAUCGCCAAGUAUGUAACUUGGAUGUGAAAGUGAUUUGGGGCUUAACUUCAAAUAAUUAGUGACUACUGAGUAAGCUGCCAAAAUAUUGAGGAAUCCAUUGAGGUUUAAGAAGGCAUGACAUACAUAAACUCUUAUGCUUGAUGUCUUUUAUACAUCAAUGUUUUUAUUAGCAUAUUGCCUUUUUUGCUAUUGAUAUGCGUUGACUUGUACUUGUGAACAGUGAGCACUUCCUUACUACACAUUCUUAUUGAGUUCAGUGUAAAUAUAUGACUAAUGAAUUUCAUACCACUUGUCCAACCUAUGCAUAUAAUCAUUUUGUAAUGGUCCACAAGGGGAUUUUCUGAUUAUAGCAUUCUCAGGCUGUGGAUAAGAAUGUGCGGGUCAAAAUGAACACUACUUUUUACAUUCCUUGAAGGCUACACUUGUUAUUAAGACACUAUAUAACCAGCUAAUAAUCUUAAUGUUUUUUUUAUUGUUCUAUGUAUAUACAAUAAAAAUAUAUAUCUGAAAACAUUCACCCUUUUUUGUUUUCAAAAAUGACAGUUUCAUAAUGUUUUAUAAAGCUUUAUACACUUUUAACUGUAAUACUUAUGUCCACAUUUACAGAAAUGACAGCAGCACAUUUGCUGGCAUGCUGCAUCCCAAUUCGCCUAUUAUCCGUCCUAAAAAGUAUUUGAAAAUAAAAUUAAUACGUCACGAAAUGGAGUAUGUUGAGUAUCCCAAAGGUUGCCGCAUGGCCUAAUAUUAUUU